UUCUGCUCUUCUGCAAUAAAGCAACUAACAAACCACAAAUAAGCAAGAUGUUCAAAUAUUUCGCUCUUGUUUUCCUUGCGCUCUUCGCCUUUACCGCUGCCGAGCCUAAACCCGCUGUGGUCGCAGCACCAUUGGCCUACUCAGCUCCAUUGGUCGCCUCCCCCUACGCCGCUGCCUAUGCUGCCCCAUAUGCCGCUUACGCCGCCGCUCCCUAUGCCGCCUACGCUUCACCCUACGCCGCCUACUCCGCUUACCCUUACAGCGCCGCCUAUGUGCUCCGCAAGUAAACGGAAAGUAGCGGAAAGGAACGGGAUUGAGGGAUAAUGAAGUUGGGAAAAUAAAACAAAAACUUAAACGAUA